AUGUGCAUAUUUUACAGCGUGGUGGAAAAAUUAGAAGUUGUUAAUAAAAAAUGGGUUAGAGUGAGACUACUACCUGGUCAUACAGUCGAAGGAUCAAAUACAUUAUGGUUCAAUAUAGGUAGCACGGAUACCUUCGAGAGAAAUUUAGAAAAUGCCCAAUUGGAAUUAAAUAUUGAACCUCAGAAUCAUCUUCCUGUUGUGUAUAAAUCAGAAAUUGAGACGUCGACAAUAGGUUCCUACUUACCUACACUUCUUAUUUUAGCGGUUUUGAUACAAGCCAUGCGUCGAUCAGCUGCAUUUAUGGGCGGAAAAGGAGGAAAACGUGGUGGAAUAUUUGGUAGCGUAACAGAGUCCACGGCAAAAUUAAUAAAUCCAAAUGAAAUCGGCGUACAAUUCAAGGAUGUAGCUGGUUGUGAAGAGGCAAAGAUCGAAAUUAUGGAGUUUGUAAAUUUUCUUAAAAAUACACAGCAAUAUCUUGAUCUAGGAGCAAAGAUCCCUAAAGGUGCAAUACUUACAGGACCUCCUGGAACCGGUAAAACAUUGUUAGCGAAAGCAACAGCAGGUGAAGCCAAUGUUCCAUUCAUUACAACAUCUGGAUCCGAAUUUUUGGAGAUGUUCGUUGGUGUUGGUCCAUCUAGAGUAAGAGAUAUGUUUGCAAUGGCACGUAAACAUGCACCAUGCAUACUAUUUAUUGAUGAAAUUGACGCGGUUGGUAGAAAAAGAGGUGGACGAAAUAUUGGAGGCCAUUCCGAACAAGAAAACACUCUAAAUCAACUUCUAGUCGAAAUGGAUGGUUUCAAUACAACUACAAAUGUGGUAGUGUUAGCAGCAACCAAUAGAGUUGACAUUUUAGACAAUGCUCUUUUACGUCCUGGUCGAUUCGAUCGACAAAUAUUUGUUCCGGCUCCAGAUAUUAAAGGUCGUGCAUCGAUUUUUAAAAUUCACUUAAAGCCUUUAAAGUCAAAUUUAGAUAAAGAAGCUCUAGCAAGAAAAAUGGCAUCAUUGACUCCUGGAUUCACUGGAGCGGAUAUAGCUAAUGUUUGCAAUGAAGCUGCUCUAAUAGCUGCAAGAAACUUGUCGAAUAAUAUUGAUAUGAAAAAUUUUGAAGCCGCCAUAGAUCGAGUAGUCGCAGGUAUGGAAAAAAAGACAAAUGUAUUACAACCAGAAGAAAAAAAAACAGUAGCAUAUCACGAAGCUGGCCAUGCUGUCUCCGGUUGGUACUUACAGCAUGCAGAUCCAAUAUUGAAGGUAUCCAUUAUUCCUCGUGGAAAAGGCCUUGGUUAUGCCCAAUAUUUGCCACGUGAACAAUAUCUUUAUUCAACGGAACAAUUGUUUGACCGAAUGUGCAUGACGCUUGGUGGUCGUGUAUCUGAAGAAAUAUUUUUUAAUAAAAUAACAACAGGUGCACAAGAUGAUCUACAGAAAAUUACAAAGAUUGCUUAUUCUCAAAUAACAUCGUAUGGAAUGAAUGAUAAAGUCGGCAAUGUUAGUUUUGAACAACCACAACAAGGUGAUAUAGUAGUAGAUAAACCUUACUCGGAACAAACUGCGCAAUUAAUCGAUCAAGAAGUACGAGACCUCAUCGCGAGAGCUCAUGAUCGAACACAUAAACUAUUAUUGGAACACAAAGAUGACGUUGUGAAGGUUGCAGAACGACUCUUAGCAAAAGAAAUUUUAAGCAGAGAUGAUAUGAUAGAAUUACUGGGUCCAAGGCCAUUUCCUGAAAAAUCAUCGUAUGAACAGUUUGUUGAAGGCACUGGCUCAUUUGAAGAAGAUACUACACUUCCUGAAGGUCUUAAAGAUUGGAAUGUUGAAAAAAAGAGUACAAAACCAAAUGAAGACGAUAUUAAGAAUAAACCAUCAGCUUCAGAAAGUUCAAAGUAAUCUUCAUCCAAUGUAUAAAAUUGUUAAAACACCAGUCUCAGUAAUUAAUUUUAUUAAUAUUUGUAUUUAUUAUUUUUUAUGUAGGUCGUGUUUUAUUUAAGUAUUUCAUUCAUAUUUUUUACAAUAGUUUAAAAUAAAAAAAAAAAUUGAUAAAUCUUUGAGACUGUCAAUCGUAAAGUUAGCCUAAGCUUCUUUAUAACUAAAUUUGUGAAUAAAAUGAAUCAUGUGAAUCAAGAUCAGUUUUUAAUAAAUUUCACGACAAAAUGAAAAGUCAUCGAAUUGAA